UGCUCCACAAGACAGGGCUGACCAAGACGGAACAGAAAACAACAUGAAUGAUGUGAAGCUUGCUGUCCUGGGUGGUGAAGGAACAGGCAAAUCUGCCCUUACAGUGAGAUUUCUAACCAAGCGAUUUAUUGGAGAAUAUGCUUCUAAUUUUGAAUCCAUCUAUAAUAAGCAUUUGUGUUUGGAAGGGAAGCAACUGAAUCUAGAAAUAUACGACCCUUGUUCUCAACCACAGAAAGCAAAAUUUUCCCUCACAAGUGAGCUGCAUUGGGCAGAUGGAUUUGUUAUUGUAUAUGACAUCAGUGACAGGUCUUCAUUUGCUUUUGCGAAAGCACUGAUCUACAGAAUUCGGGAGCCACAAACUAGUCAUUGUAAAAGAGUUGUGGAAUCAGCAGUGCUUUUGGUUGGUAACAAGCAAGAUCUCUGUCAUGUGCGAGAGGUUGGCUGGAAAGAAGGGCAAAAACUGGCAUUGGAUAACCGGUGCCAAUUCUGUGAACUGUCUGCAGCAGAGCAGUCUUUGGAGGUAGAAAUGAUGUUUAUCAGAAUUAUCAAGGACGUCCUGACAAACUUCAAACUCAAAGAAAAGAGAAGAUCCAGUGGAUCUAGAUCAAUGGCCAAAUUGAUCAAUAAUGUAUUUGGAAAGAGAAGGAAAUCUGUUUAGUAGACAUGUGAUCUUGAGGGUUUAUUAUAUCAGAGAGUUUCAUUCAUAUGCUAAUUGAAUUUAACCUUUGUUUGCCAUUUAACAAAUAUUUUAGAGAUAUGAAGUGAUUGAAUAUGAACCACAGCUCUGUUUUUCAAUAUAUAGUUUGCCUUUUUGGUUGUUUGUAUUUUGUACACUCUGCUUCACACUUAAACUUCUCUUUAUUACACAAAAUCGCCUUCAGUAUAAACUAUUGGUGGAUUACUAUACAGUUUGCCUUGCAAAUGAACAUUGCUCUGUAAUUUUAUUAAACUGUCAUUCUACAGUCCUGUUUGCCUUUAUUUUAUGUAUUUCUUUAGAAUAAACAUAUGGUUAUAUUCAUGUAUUUCAUAUUUUGUAGGACUUAAUUUAUUUUGUAGGACUUAAUUUAUAUACCUGUGAAACUUCAUGAUCUAUUUAAUAGAAAUACAUGAAUUUAAUUUUUAAAAUGUCUUCAUGAUAAUCCAUUGAGUUACUUGAAAAUGCACACAUAUUACUUAUAACUUAGGCUUUCAGAAGUUAAAUAUUUUGCCUAUAAGUACCUAGUUUGUAGUUGGUCUGAUGUUGAAAAAUCUCUGCUUUGCUUUGUAUGCUAUGCUAACAAGGGCAAUUAUAACAGAGAAAUUGGCUUACAUAGCUAAGAUCGUUUUGGGAUCAAAAGAUUAGGCUUUUAUAGUUCAUUUAGGAAUCAUACAUGAUAAGGAAAGAAAAAAAUAAGAACUGAUUGGUAAAUAUAUAACCUUUAAGGACUUAUUGCCUUGAAAGAAAUAUUGCAUUAGAUACAAACAUUUUAGGCCUUACCAGAUUACUUUGAAUUUCCUUCUGAAGUCAACCAACUACCUCAUGGACUUUAUUGCCGUUGCUCCUGCCUUCGCUAAACUUACCACCUACUACGAUUUUCAGCCACAUCGCUGAAAAUUAAGGUUAAGUAUUGGUUAAGUAUUAGAGAAGUUAAAGUGGGAGUACAAACAAUCUACUACAUACUUGGUUACCAUGUAGCAUCAGUAUCCUGGGGAAAAGGGUGGAAGAUCUUGAGUAGAGGGUGAUUCUAUAGGAGUGGGGGUAGGGUGACUCAGAAUAUUAGGCUGUUUAGGAAGGAAUUCAUUGACUUGGUGUUACUCACUAUGAAUCAUGAUUCAAAUCUUUAGGACCAACACCUAGGGCUCAUUUCUAUAGCUUUGCUGUUCAUUAGAAGUCUAACCUUGAUGAUAUGCUAGAGUAAAAGUGGUGCAAAUAAAAGGACUUUGUGUGGUGGUAUACAAAGCCAUUCAUAAUGCUCAUGAAGAUGGAGGAGUUAGACUUGAUAUGGUAAGUUUGACUAAGCACCCAUCAUUUGACUGGGUUCUCUCGGACAAUUCAAGGGAACUUUGAAGUGAGGAAUGCACUGGUGAAGGGCACAGGCAACGCUGAGAAGCUUAACAAUGACUGUGCUCUCCAGGUUAGAGUUGACAAUAGGAAGGCUGCCACUGAACUGCAGUCCUCAAUGCUGAUGAUAGAAUCCUGGAACAGCAGGGUCUGAGGACAGCAUUGAACCCUUCCUGUUAUGCAUUCACUGUCAUAGACAGGGUUGAGGCUCCAUUUUGAUACUACUGGCUGGUUGGAAACUUAGAAGUGGCAUGCUCCAUGAGCUGUACUGAGGCAAAGUCCAUAUUGUGGACUCAUGCAUUGCUUCCAUCCCUGCCACCAAGGCUGUGUUAUCAGGAGUCCAUUACAUAAGCACAGCAGUGGUCAAGAAAAGAGACAGGUUAUCUGUAGGGCAGGUUGUCCUGUCCAUCCAGUUGUAAUGUGACUACUCAUUGGUGGAUGCUGUCUGGUGGGCAUUAACAUGAUACACAAAGAUCUUUAUUUUACGCCCUUUCUGAGAGAUUCAUUCACAUGCUUUUUCUCAUGUUAUUCUUGUAGCGAUUCUUCCAGUCUUUCCUCUUCAUUGUACAAAAUAAUGCUCAGAUAUAUAUCUCUAACCAAUUGGCAAAAAUAUGAUACCUACCUAGAAAUCUGUACCACAUGACACCUUUCCCACUAUACAAGGUAGACAACAAAGUGUACUUCUUGAAACUCUGACAAAUGGGAUAAUUUACUUUCACUGAUGAACUUCAUGGUUACCUUCAUGUGGGAUGCAAUGAGCACAGCUCUCUUUUGGCACUAGUACAUCAAGCUUAAGUGAGAAAAGCUUCUUAUUAACUAGGGAUGUUUAGAUUAGAUUGCUAUGUAAAUGAGAAAUGAACCUCUAGUGUAAAGAAUUAUUCUGGUAAAGUCAGUGAUAUACUUUUUUGGUCAACUAUAGGAAUUUUAUUAAUAUUGUAUAAUCUUUGUAUGGACUACAUAUGUAUUUACAUAUAUACAUGUAUCCCAGUUUAAGCAAUUACACUUUAAAUUAAGUUUUGUUUUACUUUAUUCUUAGUUUUCUCCUGGAUAAUCUUAGUUUUAGAGAUUUGGUUAAAAUUAUUUUUCCAGUUACAGAAUGAUUCUUUGGGAAUAGUAUUGCAUUAAAAAUGAAAUAUUUAUCCAUAUUAUAUGUAAGGACCCUGCUAUCAAUAUGGUAUGGAAAUUCUUUCAUAGAUUAGCUGUGUAUAUGUAUCUGUGAUGUGUCAGAGUACAAAAUUUCUCUGUUAAAGAUAUUACAAAACUUUAUUAUACCAUGA